CCCCAAGCGACCUCCGCUGAGUACCUGGGGGAUACCUGGGGCACAGCCCUCUACCUCCCGUCUCUAUCGAGAGGGCAGGGCGGGUGGCGAGUAGUUAAAUGUACCGGCUGGCGGGAUAUCUUAGGUACUGGAGGCCCCCCGACGAAUAAAUACCUAAGAAAAACCCCCCUGCCUUGAAAACAUGGAUCCUAUAUACACCCCUUCUCCCUCUCUCCCCCCUCGCAGAGUCCGACCCUGAUCCCCCCCUUCGUCGCAAGGAGAAAAAGAAAGAGAGAAUAAACAAUCCAUCGUUAUCAAAUAGCCAUAGACAGUCCAGUCCCAUCCUACCCUCCGCUGCCCAACCCUACCCAAAUCUCGAAUCAACAUGUUCGGCAUCGGCAGAGACGACAAUGACGACCGCCGCGGGGAGAGACAGCCAGAUCUCGGCGGCAAUGUGACCCACGGCGGCGCGUACCCAGCGGGCGGCUACGCGCGUCCGGACGACGACGACGACGACAUCCGCGGCGCCGCCGACCACGCGAGUCGCCACGCGGGCUCGUCCGGCGACCGCGACCUCUUCUCGAGCCUGCUCGGCGCCCUCACCCAGAAGAAGCAGGCCUUCGUCGACAAGAAGGACGACGACGACCUCGACGAGGAAGACGCCGUCAGGCAGCACAAGCGCUACUUUGACAAGGACGACGACGACGACAAGGACGCCGACGACAGGAGCAUGGGCUCCGCCGCCGCCAUGCACGCCCUCAAGAUGUUCACCGGCGGCCAGUCCGGCAACUCCCAGGAGAACAACAGCCAGAGCGCGUUUAUAGGUCUCGCCAUGGCCGAGGCCAGCAAGCUCUUCGACCAGAAGUCGUCGCAAGGAAAGGUAUCUAGCGGCGCCAGUAAGGAGUCGGCCGUGAUGCAGGCCGGCGAGAUUGCGUUGAAAAUGUACCUCAAGAGUCAAGGCAAGGGCCAGUCCGAGUCGUCGAGCUCAGGCUCUGCCAUCUUCAGUCUGGCUUCCAAGUUCCUGUCCAAAUAGGCGGAUACGCACAGAGAGCACACUAAAGAAUAUGCUACCUAGAUGCUUAGCUAGCUAGGUUUUCAUCAUCCAGCUGAGAGGCAGAGGUCGGGCAGCAGACAACUAUCUAACUGCCCACGACCAACUGCCAUCAUGAAAUGUAGAUUCGCCGAGUCCCAUACUAUCAUUAGCCGUGAGUUCUGCCUCUAUGGCAGGGGCUGCCGGCGCGAUACAUGACGCUUCUAAGGAAAGCCGUUUAUUGAUAUAAGACUGCCCGGUGCCCAUGAACAAGAGACCCGUCUCUAAAGUGUGAAAACCUAAGACAACCGCCACUACGGGUCCGGCUGCAAAGAUUUCCAACGCCGUCCCUCUCGUUAGUCUAGUGAAAGCGAGCGAAUGAGUGGCAGAGAAAUAGAGGGAUCGAAACCAGACACCCCAAGGAGAGGCGAAGAUAGGAGACAAGAGUGACGAAAUCUGCAUUAGCAUU